UAAACAUGUCAUCGGCGCGUAAAGUUGAUUCGAGCGAUCGCUCUGACACAUUUUUCGUUAGAAUGCGACAUACGUUGUCCGAGGCAGUGGCGAACCGCAGCGAACGCACAGAGAGCACGAGAAAAGAGCCGAUGAAGGAGAAGCUAUCGGCGAUCGACCGCGAGAUUCGAACCCUUCACGAGUUGUGCAUGAAACGCGGUUUCUCCGAGCCGCAGAUAUCCGAUGUGGCUGCGCCGCUAUUGCAAGCGAUCGACGCGGCUUCGAAGAGGCGAUUGUUGGGCAUAGCUGCGAGAAUUGUUGGCUUUCUUCUACUUGUCAUGGGUCUUUUCUACAUCAACCCGAUGUAUAACAUCUUCUGUGUCAUUGGCAGAAAAAUGGAGAUAAAGUUGCUUCCUGUGUGGGACUGGACCCGGUAUUACUAUGACGACUGCAUUAUGAACAACCCAUACUACAAUCCCAAUAAGAUUUACCACAGUGACUGCAGGGCGUGCGAGGACCUGGAGGACAUAGACCACGUGCGAAACGUCAGCUGGGAGGUGACGACCGAGUCGUAUCUGCGCGCAGACGUGCCCGUCAUCGUCACCGACGGCAUCGCCAACUGGACCGCCACCGACCUGUUCUCCUGGGAAUUUCUCAGUCAGUUUUACAGUACGGAGGCGGCGACGAGGGAGUCGUACCCGUGUGCGUUCACGAGCAACGUGCGAGUGAAGUAUGGCAACAACCGCCUCUUCUUGAAGAAGGCAGCAAAGCAGGAGAUCACCAAGUGGUUUGCCUACUGGGAAAACUGCGAGCGGCCCGCAGCGCGCACGUUUCGCCAGUUCUUCCGGCGCCCGUACUUUCUGCCCGCGAUGGUCGAGAUGGCCGAGUCGAAUUGGCUGUUUCUGGCCAACAACUAUCGCGCGAAAAGCUACAAAGAGGUGCCGAUCAUAUCCGACCUGGUGUGGUUCGCUCAGGUGAGGGGAAAGACGUACGUGAAGCUGACCCCGAGGUCACCGUGCAAUAGGACGUGCGACGUGCUGACGGACACGCUGUAUGAGGGCGAGAUAC